GCACGUCGCCGGUGCGCGAGUACGUAGAGGAGCGGUUGCGUAUACACGUCGCUGUUGCUGGGAGGUGGCGGUGACUGUUCGGAAAUGGGAUCGGUGCUCACCGAGGCCGUAUGGGGAUGGUCCAUAUUCACCCUCGUCUUGCUGGCAAUUCUAGUAUUCUGCUGGAUAUAUAUCCGCCGAUACCAGAGUCAACAAGAAAGUGAGGUUGUCUCCACCAUAACUGCAAUAUGUGCACUUGCUCUUGCACUGAUCACUUCAGCCUUGUUACCGGUUGAUAUAUUCCUUGUAUCUUACAUGAAGGACUCCAAAGGAUCUUACAAGGAAUGGGCAGCAGAUAACAUUACAAGGAAGAAUAUUGAAGACACUGUCUUGUAUGGAUAUUACACCUUGUACUCCAUCAUCCUUUUCUGUGUCUUCCUGUGGAUUCCAUUUGUUUACUUUUACUAUGAAGAGAAGGAGGAUGUUGAACCUAACAAAUGCGCACAAGUGAAGAAUGCAUUGAUGUAUACCAUGGGAUUUGUGUUUGUCUGCUCCAUUCUUCUCUUAAUUGGUGCUUUUGUUCCUUUGAAUAUUCCAGCAAAUCAAAACUCUACAGAAUGGGAAAAGGUGAAAUUUCUUUUUGAAGAGCUAGGAAGCAGUCAUGGUCUGGCUGCCUUGUCUUUUUCCGUAAGCACACUGACCUUGAUUGGGAUGCUAGCGGUUAUAACUUACACAGCUUACGGCAUGUCUGCAUUGCCACUAAAUCUGAUAAGAGGUACAAGGAAUGUGGUGUAUGAACGAUUGCAAAAUACUGAAGACCUUGAAGAAGUGGAACAGCAAAUAGAGAAAAUUAAAUCUAAGUGCAAAGAUGGUCGCCCUCUGUCCACAAAAGACCGUAGAGCUUUACAGAAACUAGAAGAAAAGUUGCGAACUCUUAGAAGAAGAGGCAGACAUCUGGAAACAGCUGAGCAAAGUUGCUGGUUGAAAAUUUGUUGUGCUCUUCGACCUCUUAAGAUUGUUCUAGGAACAGUUUUCAUCUUGGUGGCUCUUCUAUUUGUGGUUGCUCUCUUUCUUUCAAACUUGGAUAAAGCACUACAUUCGAUGGGUUUUGAUUCUGGAUUUAUAAUAUUUGAAACUAACUUGGGAAAUCCUUUAAAUGAAUUAUUGCUUGUUCUACAGACAGUAUUUCCAUUGGAUUAUAUCCUGAUUGCUAUCAUUACAAUGUACAUAGUCUUCACAUCCAUGGCAGGGAUCCGAAACAUGGGCAUCUGGUUUUUCUGGAUAAGGCUGUACAAGAUUAGACCAGGCAGAACGCGCCCCCAAGCUCUCCUUUUUCUUUGUAUGAUUCUGCUCCUGAUCAUUCUUCACACAAGUUAUAUGAUCUACAGUCUUGCACCCCAGUAUGUUAUGUAUGGAAGCCAAAAGUAUCAAGAGCAUGUGAACCAGACAGUAUCCAACUCAAAGCAAGAAGAUUCAAAUACAACCUGGGUAACAAAGAUGUGUGAUUCAAAGGCACCUGAGGAUCAAUGCACCGUUACAAGAACAUACCUCUUCCUUCACAAGUUCUGGUUCUUCAAUGUUGUUUACUACUUUGGCAACUGGGCAUUCAUUGCAGUCUUCGUAAUUGGGCUAAUUGUCUCUUGUUGCAAAGGAAAGCGAUCAGUCAUUGAGGGGGAAGUAGAUGAUGAUGAUUCAGACUUGAGUGAUGACGAUUUCAUGGAGAGACAGCAAGCUUAAUUCCAUGAUGCAUAUGUGUGAAAAGAAUCUUCAUAUUCCAGUAUUUAUGACAGUAUGGAAAAUCUAUUUCAUUUGUUCCUCUUUUGAGUGAAAACUUUGAAAAAGGGGUCUAGGUGGUGUGUGAAGUUAAAUAAAAUUGAAUAAAUGUUAACUUCAAAACUUAAGCAAUAUUUCGCAAAGGCAUUGGAAUGGGAUUCUAUCAUUCUUAAACAGCCUCAAAUGAAGCAAGAUAAUUUGUUGAUCUCUGCACUCAAUCUCUGGAAUUACAUAUCUUGUGUUUUUUGCCACUUGCCGUGAAGUCACAGACUUGGGUAAAAUAUGCUCUUUUUAGCUUGGAUGCAUACAAAACUAACUAGUGUAAUGUAUGUUUUGGUUAACUGUUUUCCUGAUAAAUUUAACUUGGGUAAUCACUGACUGCCAAGUUCAAUUGAGCAGCUUACAAAGGUUAUCUAAUGUGAUGUAGAAGUUGUUAAUUUUAUAAUAAAACUACUACAGAAGCAUAUAGGAUUUUUUGUUUUACCUUUUCUGUCAACCAUGGUGUUACACAGACUACCUCCCACUAUCCCUCGUACUUUUGUCAUUGUGUUGCCAGGUGUCAAUCCUUGUGGUGUAGCAUCGUGUGUUGGAGUCAUACACCACUUAAAAAUGAGGCAUGUUGCUGUGGCUUUUGAUCUUUUGUUUAUUCUUCUCAAUUUUAUUUCACCUAGAAGUGACAUUAAAGUGAAGGCAACAAGUUGAAAUGUGGCCACAAUAGAUAAUUUACAUCCUUGAUCACUGCAUCAAAAUGAUUAGAACAGUUAACAAAGUUCCAUAUUGCCUCCAUGGAUAAUGUAAUAUGUGGAGGAAGCUCUGACCUGGAACAAUCAUAGCUGAUAACAUAUACAUUAUAAAUGUUUUUGAACUUGCUGACAUUGUCAGUUGAGCUUCAUUGUAAUAUUAUUUGUAUAUUAAUGCAAGGAAUCAUGUAUAAAGAAUCGGAAUCAAAGUUCAAAUUUAUUAUCAAAAUACUGUAUGUAUACCACAUACAACCUUUAGAUUCAUCUUGCAAGCACCCACAAAACAAAGAAACAUAACAUAAUCCAUGCACAACAAAGACUGACAGAUUUACAGUGUACAAAAGAGGGCAAAUCAUGCAAGUAGUUUAUUUAAAGAAAGGAAAACAAGUAAUACAUAAAACAUGAGCUGCAGAGUCCUUGAAAGUGAGUCCCUCGGCUUUGGAGUCAGUUCAACACUGAGGUGAGUGAAGCCGGUCCAGGAGCCCAAUGGCUGCAAGGCAACAACUGCUCUCGAACUUGGCAGCAUGGAACCCAAGAUUUCUGCACCUCCUGCUCAACCUGGCUGUAUGCUUAGAGUCUGUGCAGGGCAGUUGGCCGGGGUCUUCAUGGACAUUUUCAAUCUGUCCCUGGCCCAGGCAGUUGCUCCCACAAGCUUCAAGAUCACCACCAUCGUGCCAGUGCCGAAGCAUUCCACUGCUUCGAGCCUGAAUUACUUCCACCCAGUUGCACUCUCCCCCAUCAUUGCAAAGUGCUUUGAGAGACUGGUUCUAUCACAUCUGAAAUCCUGUCUGCCCACUACCCUGGACCCCCAUCAAUUUGCCUAUUGCACCAACAGGUCAACAAGAGGACGCCAUCUCCAUGGCACUUCACUCUGCCCUGACCUACCUGGACGGCCCCAACUCUUAUGUCAGAAUACUGUUCAUUGACUUCAGUUUGGCAUUCAAUACAGUGAUCCCCUCCAAGCUGAUCGCCAAAUUUCACCAGCUUGGUAUCAGCUCACCCCUCUGCAGCUGGACCUUGGACUUUGACAAUCAGACCCCAAUCUGUUAAGUUAGGGAACCUCUCAACCUCCACUCUCACCCUGAAUACCAGCAUGCCUCAAGGCUGUGUGCUGAGCCCUUGUCUGUCCUCCCUUUUCACCUAUGACUGCAUUCCUGUACAUGGUUCUUAUUCCAUAAUCAAGUUCUCAGAUGACACCAGGGUGGUUUGCCUGAUCAGGGGUGAUGACAAGACGGCCGACAGGGACGAGGUCCAGCACCUGGCCACGUGAUGUGCCAACAACAACUUGGCACUUAAGACUCAGAAGACCAUGGAGAUCAUUGUGGACUUCAGGCAUGCUUGGAGUCACCCUCAUGUCCCCAUCUACAUCAAUGGAGCUGCAGUGGAGCAUGUAUCAAGCUUCAAUUUCCUUGGUGUCCACAUUUCCGAUGAUCUUAUCUGGUCCCUGAGCUCCUCCAUCCUGAUGAAAAAGGCGCAAUAGUGCCUUUAUUUUCUGUGGAGCAUCAAGAAAGCUCACCUCUGUCCCAGGAUACUGACGGACUUUUACGGCUGUACCAUUGAGAGCAUACUCACCAACUGCAUCUCAGUGUGGUAUAGCAAUUGUCCCAUAUCGGACCGCAAAGCACUCCAGUGGGUGGUGAAAAUUGCCCAUUGGAUAAUCGGCACCCAGUUGCUCACCAUUGAGAACAUCUACCAUAAGCGCUGCCUGGGCAGGGCGAGAAGCAUUAUCAAGGAUGCAUCUCACCCUAACCAUGGACUUUUGACUCUCCUUCCAUCCAGUAGGUGCUACAGGAGCCUCCACUUCCACAUCAGCAGGUUCAGGAAGAGCUUUUUCCCUGAGGCUGUGACCUUGCUGAACCUCACAUCACAGUGCUAAGCGGUAUUGCACCCCUAUUGUACUGACCCAGUACUUUUAUAUCUGUAUGCUGUAGCACUUUUUAUUCACAGUUAUUUUGUAAAUAACACUUGCAUCUGGUUAGAUGCUAAUUGCAUUUCAUUGGCUUCGUAUCUGUACUUGACAAUAAAGUUUAAUCUAAUCUAAUCAAUGGUAGUAGCAAGAAGAGAGGGAGACGGGUCAAAUGCAGGCAGACAGUGCUGGAUACUGGUUCAUUUUCUACUCUCUUCCUUCCAUGCUUUAAUCGGCAUAGGGUAAUGUAGCUGAGCAUGAGUAUGUAUUCGGCUUUCAGGUAUAUGGAGGAAUUUAAUGUGGGGGGAUAUAUGGAGGCAGGGGUCAAGGGUCAGCAGAACAUUGUGGGCCAAAGGGCCUGUACUAUGCUGUACUAUUCUAUGUUCUAUGUUCAGGCCUUGAUACAGUAUCCACCUCCAGCAAUGGACAUACCUGCAUUCUCAAAAGUACAUUUCUUAAGGGAAAUUACAGUCUGCCGAUUGCAGUGAUCGUAGUUCAGAAGAAAUGUAUCUAGGAGAGUAUUGGGUAGUUUCUUGAGCUGCCUGCAAAAUGUUACCCACACCAUCUUGCUCAGGUUUGUUGUCACUACUGUUAGUGUAGAAUUUGCAGUUUUAUUUCAGCAGCACUGUGCAGGCAUAAUAAAUAACUAUAAAUUAAAGAAUUAAAAUAGUGCAAAAGUAGAACAGUGAGGUAGUGUUCAUGGACCAUUCAGAAAUCAUAUGUCAGGGGGAAGAAACAAUCCUUGAAACAUUAGUUGUGGGCCUAGCCACUUGUACCUCCUCCCUAGUGGUAGUAAUGAGCAGAAGCCAUGUCCUGGACAGUGAGAGCUCUUAAUGAUGGAUGCUGCCUCCUUGAGCUAGUGCCUUUUGAAGAUGUCCACAAUGGUGGGGAGGCCUGUCCUUAUGUUGGAGCUGGCUGAGUCCUCAACCCUCUGAAGUCUCUCUCAUUCAUGUGCAAUGCCAUCUCCAGACAGUAAUACAACCAGUCAGAAUGUUCUCCAUGGUACAUAUAUUGGCAUUUUUUUGGUAAGAUACUAAAUCGACUCAAACUCCAAAUGAAGUGCAGCUGCUGGCAUGCCUUUGUUAUGGUUGCAUCAAUAUGGUGAGCCCAGGAUAGGUUCUCUGAGAUGUUGACACCAAGAACUUCAAACUGUCCUAUGAAGGGUCUUAACCCAAAGUGUCAACUGUUUACUGUUUUCCAUCGAUACUGUCUGGCCUGCUGAGUUCCUCCAGCAGUUUGUGUAUGUUGUUUGGAUUCCAACAUCUGCAGAUUUUCUCAUGUUUGUGAACUUGUAACUGUUCUUCAUUUCCAUUGCUGACCCUUCAAUGAAAAUUGGUGUGCCUUCUCCAGAUUUGCCCUUCCAAGCCUACAAUAAGUUCUUAGGUCUUGUUAUGUUGAGUGCAGCUAAUAGAUAUUGUUUCCAUAACAAGCAAUGUUUACCAUAACUGAUAAUAACAUCAAACAAAAUGUUAUAAAUAUCAUUGCUGGAUUUUGUUAAAGUUUUGCCAUAUUAAAAAAAACUAUUAAAGGAACUCAAUGGGUCAAGCAGUAGAUAGAUAGAUAUUUUAUUGAUCCCAGAGGAAUUAGUGUCAGAGGUACAAGUGUACAGAUUUACAAAUAUACAAAUAUUAGAAGAGAAGUAAGUGUAAAAGAUAAGUUGCCUCAAACAGUCUUAACAGGAGGGGAUCAUCGCUUCCUCAGCUAUAGGUUGGCUCAUUAUAGAACCUAAUGGUUGAGGGUAAGAAUGACCUCAUAUAGCACUCUUUGGACCAGUGCAGUUUUCUUAGUCUAAUACUAAAAGUUCUGUGGAGACAUUGGGAGAGCCCUGAUAAAGGGCCUCAACCCAAAAUGUUGACUAUCUCUUUGCCUCUACAGAUACUGCUCAACUCACUGCAUUCCUCCAGCAUUUUGAAUAUUGCUUUAUAAAGUUUUUGUUAAUAUGGAAAUGACUAGUGGCUUCCAUACCAAAGAAUGGAUGCUGUUUAAUACAACCAAGAUCAACAAAAUCUCAAAUGAUGUUAUUAUUCAGUUAUCUAGUACAUUUGAAAGGCAAUACCUCAGACAACGUUGAGUUAGUACCUAUCACGCCCUGGAUCUGAGGCUGCAGCCGCAAGUAGCAAAAAGCCAAACUGUAUCAUGAAGAGAGGACAAUUCAAAUAGAAAAUUUUAAUCAUUUUGUUGCACUCAAAAUCUAUUUGUUAAAGCAGUAUUAGUCACAGAUGCUCUGAACUCUGACUUGCUGAUUAGAGACCCAGAGGCCAGGAUAAAAAACCUCCACCUCAGUAAACUUUGAAGCUGAAUUCAGUAACAUCAGGUAACUAAAGUACUGUCCCCAGAGAAAUUUGUGAGAUCAGUUUCAAACCCAGAUGGAUUACUAAGAUCUAAUGUAACAAGUUAUCACAUUGCUAACUCUUUAGUAUGGUGAGAUGAUAUAUUAAUAUAAAUGUAGUUUGAGAAAACAGUUAAUUUCAUAAAGUGUAAGCAUAAUGAGUGAUCUCAUCCUUGUCCAUAUUAUUAUUAAAACUGUUCCAGCAAAGUAUUCAGCAUGUUUAUUCCGAAUGUUUAAUCAGACUACUGGGAUGAAAACUAAGUUCCUUCAAAUUUUCUAUUACAUCUUUCAAAUCCCCUACUUGGUAACUAGCAAGGUAUUUUUGAACUGUAAUCUUGAUCUUACCAUAAGAGUUAGAGCUCAGAUUUUCCUUCAUGGAGUGCCUAUGUCACAAUGUAACACAUACAUUUGCUUUAUUUUUGAAUUAUGUAUAUGAACUAUAUAAUAUUACCACAGUCCAAUUAUUGUGAUGUUAUGUGGGUUCGUAUGUUUAUGCAGUUAGUUAUCCUGAGCUGCAUUUGCUUUACAAUGUCUAUAGAAAGUGGAUGACAAAACAUGAGAUUUCAAAAAAAAACCUUGUAAAAAUUUGUUGGUGUCUUGAUGGUUCCCUGUAAGAAUUACUGUGCCUAUAAAAAGUAUUCAUCCCCCUUGGAAGUUUUAAUAUUUUAUUGUUUUACAACAUUGAAUCAUGAUGGAUUUAAUUUGUAUUGAAGGUCCAACUGCUGGUGAGUCUGUAUCUUGGCAAAAACUACAUCAUGAUGAAAAAAGAAUGCUUCAAGCAACUCCACAAAAAGUUUUUUGAAAAGCACAAGUCAGGAGAUGGAUACAAGGGAAUUGCCAAGUCACUGAAUCUCCCUUGGAGUGCAGUUAAAUCAAGAAGUGGAAAGAAUAUGGUACAACUGUACAACUGCCGAGAGCAGGCCAUCCUCAAAAAUUGAAUGACCAUGCAAGAAGAGGACGAGUGAAGGAGGCCACCAAGAGACUCAUGACAACUCUGGAGAAGUUGCAAGCUUCAGUGGCUGAGAUGGAAGAGACUGUUGCUUCACCAGUUGCAGCUUUAUGGGAGAGUGGCAAAGAGCAUAAAAUCUCGAUUAACAUAAAGCCAAAGCUACACAGGAAUUGCUCAAAAACAGCAAAAUUAAUGUCCUGGAGUGGUCAGAGUCCAGACCACAAUCCAAUUGAGAAUUUGUGGCUGAACUUUGCCCCAAAAGGAUUGUUUGCUCAUAAUCCCCAUGCAAUCUUUGACAGUACUUCAGUAGUUUUGUAAAGAGUGAGGGAAUAAUUGCAGUGUCCGGAUGUGCAAAGCUGUUAGAGACCUAUCUACACAGACUCAAAACUCUUAAUUGCUGCCAAGGGGGUGAAUACUUAAGUAAUCAAUUAUGUUGUGUUUUAUAUUUAUAGGUAAUUUAGAUCACUUUGUUGAGAUCUGUUUUCACUUUGUCAUGAAAGUCUGUUUCUGUUGAUUAGUAUCAAAAAUAAGCCAAAUUAAAUCCACUGUGAUUCAAAGUUGUAAAACAAUAAAACAUGAAACUUCCAAGGGGAGAGGGUGAAUACUUUUUAUAAGCACAGUAAAUUGGAUAAAAUAAUCUACCUACAGGAGGAUAGGAUUAAGAGUAUGUUGAUUUUAAACUUCCUUCUCAAAUAUGUGCCAGUUAAUGCUUUAAAUGUUAAAGGAAGUACAGUGUUUAAAGCUUGUUUGAAUGGGAACCAUUACACCUAGAAAAUUAAUAUUCUGAUUUGCAUUGUAGGUGUAUGCCCUUGUGUCUCAGUGAUUUUUGAAGAAACAACUCAGAGUUACACUUUAUUUUACUGACAUUUAUGAUGUACUUAAAACCCAUCUGAAGGGAAAAAAUGAAAACUAGCCCUUUGUGAAAUGAGAUUUGUACAAAAGACCUUGUCAAUCUGUCUUUUUACUCCACCAGGUGAUCCUUUAUAAUUUGAAAUAAUUAAGGAUCUCACUUGGCAUCUUCUCUGUGAUAGAGAAAAACAAUUCAGAGUAAUUAGAUUUUGCAUUGUGAUUAUAUUGGAUGCUUUAGAAUGAAAGAAAAUUGAUGUGGAGCCCAGAAUAAUUGUGCAUAUGCUGGUGAAUUUGCUAGACACUUAGAUUUUUUUAAUCAAAGGUUUAGUAGCUUCAAACUGAAUUUUACACAAAUAUAAAAUAGUAAUUUUAUAUAACUAAGUGUGUGUAUCUAUUCAAGUGAACAAAACUAUUCUGUAAAUCAUCAGAAUAAAAAUAUGGGAAACUGA